UUACAAUGCCACGAUACAGCUGCUUUUGAUUGGAGGAAAAGUCUGUCAGAGUCAUGCAUGUGAAUUUAGAGGUAGUAUUUAUUGCAGAAUUUCAAGAGAGUUCCUAAAGUGCCUGUUGGUGUUUGAUUGAACAGUCUUCUCGUAUUGCUCACCACAUCUUACCAUGUUGAGACUGUUUGUGUUGCUUACAGCAGUGGUCUGCUGUUAUGCCUGUACAUUAAGAAUGGAUGGCCUUCAAUAUACCACUGACGGUCCAGGUUGUUCUGACCAUCAUGGAAAUCUCCAUGAAUUUGACUCUGAAUGGCAGACCGAAUCUGAAACGUGUGUCUGUGGGGACAUGGGAAUCAUCUGUUGUCCCAGGUUUUGGGACAUAUUUGGCAGCACCUUCCCACCUGAAUCCACCACUGAAACCACCCCUAAAAUCUACUACGAUGACUUUGGAGCUUUCACUGAGAAUUAUGUCGGAGAGCCUUAAAGAACCAUCCAUUGAUGAAGAGCCUGCUACACCCGAAGUUUCCAAUCAGCCAGAUUCCUCAGACUCACCUGAAGUCAUUACUGAUGACUCUCAUGAGUCAGCUGAGGACCGUGAAUAAUCCAAACAUCCUGAACAGCAAAAACUGAUUUUUUCACUUAAAUGUUUUUUUUUUUUACGAGGCUUCACCCUGAAUGAGCCGAUGUGUAAAGCAAGCUAAAUCAAGUAAAACAAAAUAAACAUACAUGUGCAUGCA